CGUUUACUUCACUGAGUGAGGGAGGGAGACGGUUCACGGUUGAGUGAGUUGAGUCUGGGCGGAAAGAGGAAGCUGGUUAAAUAGGCUGCUAGGGAGAAUACGAUGUAGCAACACUGUAACAACGGAGGAAUCGAUUUUGAAACAGAAUUAACAAAGCGGAAGACAUUUUAUAAAGAUAAACGACCUUGUAGUUAUUUUUGACUGCAUUUACGUGGUAAACUUUCAAAACUGUGAGUAGCUAGGGAUUGUUAUUGAAACUGGCAACAUUUCUGUGCUGCGUCCUGCUGAAUGAGUGCUUCUUAGUAGCAACAAGUAAAAUAGUUUUGAUGAUAGCCUAAACUCGCCGAGGAAUGCCGAGAUUGUAGUUGACUUUGUAUUAGGUUACUGUAGUUUCAAACCGUUUAACCAAUAGUCCGUUAAUCUCAACAAAAUUAAAUGCAUUGGUAGCUGCUGUCGUGAAAGCCUACUGUUACUUGAUACAUUUUCUAACCCUCUACUUCUCAUUUCAAUUGCAACCCAAUGAGUGUGUCACCUUUGUUACCAUGUAUGAGGAUGAAUGAGACCGUGCUCUUUGUCGAGGAAGAAGAGGCGGACAAGACAAAUCAGCAGGUUGAAGAGGACAAUGUCUCCAGGAAGAUGGUUACUGUCGACUGGGACCAAUGGGACAAGCUACUGCUGCCCUCUACACUGGACUCUGGUGUGCACAGUCUGGACACAGUGUAUGACAGAACCACUGUGAUGAUUGAACAAGACCCAGUGGGUUCUAGAACUGACAAUAAAGAGGAGGAAGAGGACCUGAUGAUGUACCUACAUGAGGGAUGUGAGACGGAGGGCCGUGGAGGUCUGGAAGACCACUGGCAGGCCAUGUCACAGGGGUACAUCCACCACACCAUCUCCCAGGACCAGAUCCAGUUCACCAUCAACCCUGGUUCCACACCCAUGCCACGGCACAUCCAGGGGGCCACCAUCACACUGCACUCUGAGUGCCCAGAUACCCACCACAGCGAGGUGAAGCGUUACCAGUGUCUAUACGAGGACUGUACUCGUACCUACAGCACAGCAGGGAACCUGCGUACCCACCAGAAGAGACAUAGAGGAGAAUACACGUUUGUCUGCAACCAGUUGGGCUGUGACAAGGCCUUCCUCACCUCCUACAGUCUGAAGAUCCACGUCCGCGUUCACACCAAGGAGAAGCCCUUCGAGUGUGACCAACAGGGCUGUGAGAAGGCCUACAACACACUGUACAGGCUGAAAGCCCACCAGAGACUGCACACAGGGAACACGUUUAACUGCGAGUCAGACGGAUGCACCAAGUACUUCACCACUCUGAGUGACCUGAGGAAACACAUCCGGACACACUCCAAGGAGAGGCCCUUCAGGUGUGACCAUCCUGGCUGUUACAAGGCGUUCACCUCUAGUGACCAUCUCCAAACACACAUCCUGGGACAAAUAGGUGAAGGUGAGCCACCCCUCCUUCAGGUGGACACAGAUGGUGAUAACUCCCUAAGCUCCUCCAACAGUCCGAGGGACAACAUCAAAGGUCACGACCCUGGACCGUCAGCUGACAUAAUUCACAGCCACUCCCUCUCAGACGAUUUGAAUCCUCGUUCCCCAUGUCUCAGUGAUAGGAGCCUGAUUUCCACUGCUUCUCAGCUCCGAGAAAGUAAUUCUGAUGCCCUGGACCUGGUGUUUGAGUUGCUGUUUCAAGACAAGCCCCAGACACAGGAUGUGUCAUCGGUGGCAGUGCCCUCGUAUAGUUUGGAGAACCCAUCUCUAACCGUGGUGCUGUCAGAAGCAUCUCACCCUUUCAUUUCUACCUUUCCUGAGCCCUCUGACUCUACCCCUAGUGAACCCCGUCCUGUACCCUUCACCUCUGGGUGUAUCCCGAGUGAACCCCGUCCUGUACCCCAGCCCACCGCUCUCCUCACCCCUGAGUGCACCCCUGGUGAACCCUGUCCAGUUCUUGUUUCUACCAUGAUCAGUGAUACACCUAAACAUGAGGUGAUUCCAGAACAGCCAUCCAAUCAGAGCCUACUACAACAGCUAGCCUCAUCGCUCCAUUCCCAACCAGGCUCCACCCAGAGUGUACUAUCACAGCCAACCACCACCCUCCAUUCCCAACCAGGCUCCACCCAGAGUGUACUAUCACAGCCAACCACCACCCUCCAUUCCCAACCAGGCUCCACCCAGAGCAUACUACUACAGCCAGCUGCCAUGUCCUCCAUCUAUUCUCAACCAGGCCCAUACCCUCCACCCUCCAGCUCCUCCCUCCAGGCCCCACUAACACCCCUCUCCCUGGGGUACUCUACUCCUCCUACGGUCCCUGCCCACAGUACCAUCCAGCCCAUCACCUUGUCCACUCAGAACCUCCAGUGGCUGUUGAACAGUAUCAAUGAUCCGAGGCAGCAGGACAUGCAGACACAGCUAUCCCAACAACACAGUGGCUCGACACUAGAGAAGCUCUAUUUCACCACAGAAAUACCAAUAGGAGGGAACACAGGGACAGCUCUGCAGCAGAUAGGCCUGAGCCUGCCUGUCAUCGUAAUUAGACAGGGAGAGUCAUGCCAGUGUCGGUGCCCCUGCAGAGACGGCAGCGCAGCAUCAGACACAGAGAAACAGACUGGUGCCCAGUUCCUUCAGUCCCAGGACCUAUCAACCCAGGACCCACCCCCCCAGCCCCAGGACUCACCACCCCAGCCCCCUCAGCCCCAGGACCCACCACCCCAGCCCCCUCAGCCCCAGGACCCACCACCCCAGCCUACUCCACCAUAGCAUCCUCAACCUCCACCUGUACAUCCCCCAUGAAAAUUCAAGUCAACAUUUUUAUUACUGGAGAAACUGUUCCUGUUCCUUAUCCAACUGAGGUGUCUCUAUGCACUGUGCUGUGUACUUAACUCUUUCUGUUGUUAAUACCUAGUUCAAGAUCAGGUCUCCAUACCCUGUCCCCAUAACCUCAAUCAAUAGUAACCCAACCAACUCCGGACUGGUUGCUGAGGGUAGAAAGCAAUCAUGUGCUGCAUUUCAGUGUGGAUCAGGUCAAUUGUGGUAGCAGACUAGCGGUCUAUUAUGAAUUGGGCUUGAACAGUGGCUGGCCGCUGAAUGUAGUGUGGAAAACGGUUGACUAGAGCACAAAUCCUCUUGUAGCAACAUUCCUCUUUACAUCCAGUCCCACUGGAAACAUGAAAGGUGACAUUUAUUUUUGAUGGCGCAGAAAGGUACAGCACUGUUAGAACAGACUAUCACUCCCCAAGCAGUACUUAACAUUGCAUUUUUUGCCAAAUGUGUGUGGAAUGCAAAUUGUUGUGGCAUCGCGUGCGUCAUGUAUCCGUACCGUUUCAUUCUGAAACCUGCAAAUGAUCUCUGUGUAUUCAAGGAUGUGGAAUAAUGGGAGAUGUAAGUAGCAAAUGAUCUCUGUGUAUUCAAGGAUGUGGAAUAAUGGGAGAUGUAAGUAGCAAAUGAUCUCUGUGUAUUCAAGGAUGUGGAAUAAUGGGAGAUGUAAGUAGCAAAUGAUCUCUGUGUAUUCAAGGAUGUGGAAUAAUGGGAGAUGUAAGUAGCAAAUGAUCUCUGUGUAUUCAAGGAUGUGGAAUAAUGGGAGAUGUAAGUAGCAAAUGAUCUCUGUGUAUUCAAGGAUGUGGAAUAAUGGGAGAUGUAAGUAGCAAAUGAUCUCUGUGUAUUCAAGGAUGUGGAAUAAUGGGAGAUGUAAGUAGCAAAUGAUCUCUGUGUAUUCAAGGAUGUGGAAUAAUGGGAGAUGUAAGUAGCAAAUGAUCUCUGUGUAUUCAAGGAUGUGGAAUAAUGGGAGAUGUAAGUAGCAAAUUCUGCUCUAACAAUGCAGUGCAGUACAUUUAGACACUAGCAAACUAACCUGGCAAUGCACAAAUAUUAGUUUUUUCUUCAACGUUUUCUUCAAUGUUCACAAUAUAAGUGUUUUUAACAUGUCA